UCGCUACGAGAAACCGGAACCGAAUUCCAAUCCGAACUUGCUGUUGUUUGAUUCGAUUCUGCACUAUUGGCGGCAAAGUCGGGCGUUCUUUCAAUUCCCGCGCGAAAACAGACCCCUUUCUUCAGAAGACUACUAACCCUCUCCCCCUCCCCCCACGCCCACCAAAAUCCUUUCGAUCGUCUCUCCUCCAUUACUGAUCUCCAGCAAAGAAACCCUAGAAAAAUGCCAGGGAGCAGAAUCGUGAACGCAUCGAUCACCGCUUCCGCGCUGGAGGUUAGGGAGGAAGGUCCGACGGUCAGUAGAAAGCGUUCGAGGAACCAAUCCAGCCCGGAAACGACUCCGAUCAAGCCUCAGACUCCGAUCAAAUGGAGAUCUCCUCGCAGACGCGCCGACGCCGACAAAAAUUGCGAAGGAGACGUUUCCACCGACGCGAAGAUCGUAGAUUCUCCAAGAAAGUCUCCGAGGAAAAGGUUGUCCGAUCAAUUGUCUCAAAAGACCAAGUGGAAUCCAAGAGAUCCUGCACAGAUGCAAGCUGUGAAGGAAGCAUUGCAUGUAGCUACGUCGCCGACCAAUAUUGUGUGUCGUGAAGAGGAGCAGAGAAAGGUUCUCGACUUCUGCAAGGGAUGCAUUGAAAGAGAGAAAGCUGGUAGCUUGUAUGUGUGUGGAUGCCCUGGUACUGGUAAAACAAUGUCUAUUGAAAGAGUGAAAGAGCUCAUUCUGGUGUGGUCAAAAGAGAGGGGAUAUCAGUUGCUGGACAUGAUAGCUAUAAACUGUACUUCUCUCGCAAACACAUCUGAUAUUUUCAGCAAGAUACUGGAGAAUUUUCGUCCUCAUAAGAAGAUGAAUGGCUCUUUCUCUCCUCUUCAGCAUCUCCAGACUUUGUUUUCUCAAAAGGGACAGCUAACUUCUCGAAGGAUGAUAUUGCUGGUCAUUGAUGAGAUGGAUUACUUGAUCACUAGAGAUCGUUCAGUGUUGCAUGAUCUUUUCAUGCUUACGACCUUCCCAUUUUCUAGAUGCAUACUAGUAGGAAUAGCAAAUGCGAUUGAUCUUGCAGAUAGGUUUCUUCCAAAACUUGAAUCCCUGAAUUGCAAGCCCUCUAUCAUAACAUUCCGUGCCUAUUCUGCAGACCAAAUACUUAAGAUUCUACAGCAGAGGCUUAUGGUUCUCGGAUAUGAUGUCUUCCAACCUUCAGCGUUAGAAUUCUGUGCUAGAAAAGUUGCAGCUGCCUCAGGUGACAUGAGGAGAGCGCUUGGUGUUUGUCGGAGUGCAAUUGAGUUGCUUGAGGCAGAGCUCAGGGAUACAAAGAAGGAAUUUAACCUUGUGGGUUUCAACCAUAUGGAGCUUGCUUUAUCAAAGGCAUUCAAGUCAGCAGUAGUUGAUACCAUACAAUCCCUUCCACAGCAUCAACAGAUUAUAUUGUGCUCGCUAGUGAAGCUUUUCCGUCAGAGCAAGAAGAAUGGCACUACUGUGGGAGAGCUGAACAAAUCUUAUAUAGGAAUCUGUAAAUCUACCCAAGUCCCUGCUGUUGGGAUGCUGGAAUUUACAAGCAUGUGUGGAGUACUCAGUGACCAGGGCCUCCUCAAACUUGGUAAUUCUAGAGAAGACAGGUUGAAGAGAGUGACACUACAAAUUGAUAGUUCCGACAUUAUAUUUGCUUUCAAGGGAUAUCGAUUUUUUCAAAGCUGCCUGGAGGACUGAUUGUCAAGGUUUUUAUCCUUUUCAAUUUCAAAUUCAAGAGCACGGCAUCUGGCUUCUGAAAACCAAAUCAAAUUUAUACUCUUUUUGACAGGAUUUUUAAAGGCUGGAAGUUCUACGCUGGAUGGAUAUGCACAUCAUUCAAUUGGUUCAUGUCAAUUUCCCAAGAGGUAGAGUUUGUUACAAAUAAUUCAGCGAACCCAUCUUUGAUACUUGAAGAAGCGCCAAUUAUGGGACUAAGGUGCCAAGUGAUUCUGAAAACAAGUUAUUAUUAUUAUUAUUAUUAUUAUUAUUAUUAUUUUAUGUU